AACAUAUGUAAAGGAUUAGUAAUGGAGAUUAUGUAAAUUCUCCAAAAGGACAUUUUUACAUAAUAUACAAACAAAGAAUACUAAUUGGGGCUUUAAGUUGGUAGAAAACAAGUAACACAAUGAUCACAAUAGUGGAUUAAGUACCACCUAAUCAUCUGUUUUCAUGAGGAUCAAACAGACCAUUAUCUUGGCUAUUCAUAAAUUAUAUGGUCACUUUGGGAGGGACAUGGCAUAAAACAAGAGCAGUGCUUGCGAUGAGACUAUUGUAGUAACCAAGUCACCAAUGGCAAAGGAAAUGGGAAGCAGAAGAAGACAGAAACGUAGACGCCAGACGAGACCUGUGUUGAUUAAACCUUUUUAUUUGAGCACCAUCCCAUGAUCCCAUCAACAACUGGUCGACCCAGCUCAGACAAGCGACACGUUUAAUAGCUGCAUAAAUGCAUAUAAAUGCAUAUGCCCUUAUUGUUUUUCCUCCUAAUACAUUCUUAAAUCUACCAUAUCUAUGUGCUUUCUUGAUUGUUUUCUAUCGUUUUUCCUUUGUUUUCAUGAAAGCAAAACAGAAGCAAUUCAUUGUGAUAGCAGCUUAGGCCUCCUUUGGCAUGCGUAAUUGUACUAUUUAAUUCGAAUAUAAAGAGGCAGACAGGCAGAACUGGCAGAGGAGGAGGUGAAUACGAGCUAAUAAUAAUUUGGAAUAAUUGAUAAAAGAAAAGGAUGGAGCUUAAGCAGCUGCUCGUGACGGCCUUAAUUCCAGUGUUGAAAGUGCUUUCGAUAACAGCACUUGGCUCAUAUCUUGCUCUUGAUCGUGUCAAUAUUUUGGGGGAAGUUACUAGAAAGAACUUAAACACUGUUGUAUUUUAUGUAUUCGGUCCUGCUCUGGUAAGUUCCAAUGUUGCGCAGACAAGUACAUAUCAAAACAUGGUUAAAAUGUGGUUCAUUCCAGUGAAUAUCCUCAUCACAUUUAUAAUUGGUUCCAUACUUGGAUGUCUUCUUAUCCAAUUAAUAAGGCCUCCUGCCCAUCUGCGAGGCCUUGUCUUGGGUUGCUGUGCUGCAGGUAAUUUGGGUAUGAUGCUCCUCAUUAUAGUCCCAGAAGUCUGUAAGGAAAAAGGGAGCCCAUUUGGCGCUCCUGAUGUCUGUCACAUGUAUGCUAUGGGUUAUGCUUCACUCUCAAUGGCGGUAGGAGACUUUUAUGUGUGGUCCUAUGUGUAUAAUAUUGUACGGAUAUCUUCAAGAAGGGGCAACCAAGAUUAUAAUCAGUCCGUGGAGAGGUCCUCUACAUCCGACCAAGCAACUACUUCACGUAAACUAGAGCAACGUAUAGUGAUGGUCCUUCAAAAGAUCAAUCUGAAAUCAAUAUUUGCCCCUUCAACUAUUGGAGCGCUUGUUGGUUUUCCAAUCGGAGUCAUCCCUCAGAUUCGAAAAUUAUUUUUAGGAGAUGGUGCUCCUCUACGGGUGAUUCAAGAUACUGCUUAUUUGUUGGGAGACGGAGCCAUCCCAUCUCUCAUUUUGAUAAUAGGAGGAAACCUACUUAAAGGUUUGCGAGGGUCAGGGAUUCAGAAAUCUCUUGUCGUUGGCAUCAUAGUUGUUCGUUAUGUUGCCCUGCCUCUUAUAGGCAUCUUGGUUGUUAAAGGGGCACUGAAAUUUGGGUUGGUGCACUCUGAUCCAUUAUAUCUGUUUGUUCUUCUGCUUCAGUUUUCACUCCCUCCUGCGAUGAACAUAGGAAUAAUGACGCAAGUAUUUGGAGCAGGAGAGAAUGAAUGUUCAGUUAUCAUGCUGUGGACUUAUGCUUUCGCUUCACUGUCACUUACAUUCUGGUCCGCCGCCUUCAUGUGGCUUGUCGCGCGACUUUGAAUCAAAAUUUUACAUUGAAUUCUGUCUAAUACAAGUGUAGGCAUUUGUCCGAAGAAAUAUUACGAAGCUCCACCCCGAGUCCACCGGGAAGUACGAAGCUCUCAGUUCAGUUCCUUCCCGUCAUUGGAUUGAACAUGCAGAGCCACCGUUUGACUCCACAGCCCACCUAGAUGACGAAUCUACUGGUUUGUGGCUAUGAUUUGGUCGAAAGUAAAAAUGGUGGUGACUGUUCUUGGUGGUUUAGAGAGAAGGCAGAGAGAGAGAGAGAGCUCGAGUGUUAAGAACUCGAAAGAAAGUGUCUCGGUGUAUAAUGAGGGAAGGAGAUGGGAGUGACCGAGAGUUGGGAUUAAAGGAGUAGGAUUCUCUCCCCUAUUUUUUCCCCUUUUCUUUCCUUUUCUCCUAUUUGAACGGUCACAGUUAAGUCA